UUCACGCCUUCGAGCGGUCGGUCAAACGACGACGCGCGUCUCUUUUCAAAACAACUCAAAAGCUAAAGCUGAUCUUUUUGUCCGGGAUUAUUUACGGUGCUCACAAGUAGUGCAAUGUAAAUAAAUACCUUUGCACACAUUAUAUAUGUAAAGGUGCUGUUUAGGUGUUUGAGAAUCAGUGAUAUGCUUAGUGUGUGAAAAAACACUAAAGUAACUGUUGUUAAAUUGUAAAUUACACACAAACGAUCGACAGUGGGACAGAUACAACGCAUUUAAAAUGAAAGUGCCUGCGCGAGAUUCGAAAUAUUCGUUCAACUUGAAAAUAUUCAAAUUGCAUAACGAGAAGAAAUCAACAUCAACAACACACGCCUCGUUAGCUCCGACGGUCAAUUCACCGACUUCCCCAAUGAUCACAACUAAAAGAAAUUCAUGGCGCUCUUCAUGGCGUGCUGCCAUUGGAGUCGGUCACAAAGCCAAAUCGGUCAACACCACCUCACACAACAAUAACAUCAACAACGACAACAGCAAUUAUGAUGAUAUCAAUAAUGACAUUUUGCAUGAGAAAUUGUCAAAUGAAUCAUGCAAUCAACUCAAUCUCAAUCCUGAUCGCAUUCCCAACAUUGAUGAUUUAAUGUCGAUGCCAUGGUUUGGCAUGGACAUUGGAGGAACACUCACAAAAUUGGUGUACUUCGAGCCGAAGGAUAUAACGCCCGAUGAGCAGGAUCGCGAGGCGGGAAUCUUACGCAAUAUCCGGCGAUAUUUGACCAAAAAUUCGGCCUAUGGCAAAACCGGUCAUCGCGAUACCCACUUGCAGAUGGACAAUGUGGUAAUUCGCAAGCGAAGAGGAUCUUUGCAUUUCAUACGCUUCCAAACCACAGAUAUGGGCAACUUUCUGUCGCUGGCCAAGCAGAAGGGCAUGGCCGAGCUGGUGACCACCGUCUGUGCCACGGGCGGUGGGGCGUUUAAAUUCGAGAAGGAUUUUCGCGAUCAAGUGAACAUGAAGCUGGCAAAGUUCGAUGAACUGGACACGCUAAUCAAAGGAAUACUCUUUGCCGAUAUGCACAACAGCACCGAGUGUUAUUACUACGAGAACGCACGUGAAAUUCUGAAGAGCGAAAAACGCGCCUUCAACUUCUCACAGCCGUUUCCCUUUAUUUUGGUAAAUGUUGGCUCAGGUGUCUCCAUUUUGGCCGUCUACGGACCAGACAACUACAAACGCAUUUCGGGCACAAGCUUGGGUGGCGGAACAUUCCUCGGAUUAUGUUGUCUACUCACCGGUUGCACAACAUUCGAAGAAGCAAUACAGCUGGCCACUAAGGGUGACAAUCGAAAAGUGGACAAACUUGUCAGGGACAUUUACGGUGGCGACUAUAAUCGCUUCGGUCUGACUGGCGAUUUGGUAGCAUCCAGCUUUGGGCAGAUGCAUAUGACCGAAAAGCGACAGUCGGUCUCCCGUGAAGAUUUAGCGAAUGCCACACUUGUCACCAUUACCAACAAUAUUGGCUCAAUAGCACGAAUGUGCGCUUUGAACGAGAAGAUCGACAAGGUCGUCUUUGUGGGCAACUUUCUGCGCGUGAAUCCCAUUUCGAUGAAACUCUUGGCUUACGCCAUGGAAUUCUGGUCGAAUGGCACAAUGAAGGGUCUGUUCCUGGAGCAUGAAGGUUACUUUGGCGCCCUGGGCUGCCUUCUGCAGUUUAAUGGUGAAUUGGCUGCCGCAUUGAACGAGGGUCUCGACCAUUCAAAUACACCAAGCACAAACCCAACGCAUACCACAGAUGCCGGUGGGGAUCCGUCCACAUCGUCACCCUCACUAACCUCAGAUGCCUCGGAUAAGCCAAACGAUAACACAAACUCGUCAAGUAGAUAGUCGUUGCCCUAGAGUAAGGGAGAACGGUGUACGGAAUGACGACAAAUGCAAUAGUGGCAUUUUCUCGCUAAUAAAUUAAUUAAAUUGAAAUUUUUGCUUAAGAAUACACUUGUAGAGGAUGCACAAAUUGUAAAUGUAUGAAAUUAAAACACACAUCAAAUCGAUAAAGUGCCUGUUAAAACGCAACAAAACAACAACAAAUUAGGGCUUGUUCUUAUGUACUACUUACUAUAUAUACACUGCACUUACUUGCAAUCGAACUUGAUGCCAAAUGUCUGCACACAUUUCAAUUGUUAUUAUUGGAGGAUUCUGGUCUAAACAUAAGUUUUGUUUUCUGCAACUAAAAAUAUUACGAAAGUAUUACUAAUACUUGAAUACACCAAAAGGCCGCGUGAUUGUCCGAUAUUCAUUUGUCUUCUAUCGAACUACAUAUAUACUAUUAUCAGAGAAUCUAUGGAAAAUAACAAUACUAACAACAACAACAGUACAUCUAAGUUUUUACCAUUCACAUUCGGCGUGUGAAACAUUUUGUUUUCAGUGGAUUUUUAAGGCCUCUUUGUUUAGUAUAAGUUUGUGGUUUAUUCAUGUAAGAUUUUACCUUGUCAACCAUUUCUACUCUUAAGCAGCUCAAUGCAAUUUGUUUAUCGAAAACCCUUCGAUUGAAUUCAAAUAAAUAAAUAUACUAUCAUA